AACCGAACAAGACCGACUGAAUAACGACGCGUUUCCUCUCCGGCUUGGAUCGAAAUUGUGUUUGCGUCUACGGGCGCGGCUUGCGUUCAUACUGGCGUUUUUAACAAUAAAAUGUCGUCCCUCGACUAUUUGGAUUUGUGUCGAUUGUGUCUAGUGAAAGACCGCGUUGGAAUAUCUAUAUUUGAAGAUGAAGGUGACGCGAGACAAGUAUUCCUGAAAAUUGCCUCUUGUCUACCGGUCAAGGUAUCAAGAGAAGACAAAUUACCUAAGAAAAUAUGUGACGACUGUAUGUAUAAACUAGAAUUAUUUUAUCAAUUUUGGAAUACCACUGCAAACGCCGAAAAGCAACUUUUACAAUGGCUCGACGACGUCGAUAUGCAGGACAAACAGGGUUACGUAACGGAAGUCCUCAAUCCGAGUUUAAUGAAGCAGGAGCAACAGGCUAGUGAAAAUAGAUUAGAUGAAAAUGUGUUGCAAGUAGGAACACAUCAAAAUAAUAUGGGCAUGGGAAUGAUGGACAAUAUGGGUCUCGGUAUGCCCAUCAUUAUUUCCACUACCAAUCAACCAAUGACCUCAGUAUCAAUGGAUACCAGUGGGAGUUCUGUUCAAACAAUACAGGCAGUUCCUGGUACCAGUACACAAUCAACACACGACCAAAUCUCACAAAAUCAAGUAACAAACGUCCAUCACAAUGUAGAUGAAGACUCGGACGAUGAUGAGGAAAAUGAGUCUGACGACGAGUGUGAUGCAGACGAUGGCCUACCUGUGAAAGAAGAGAAUGAGGAUGAUCCUAAUAAUCGAACAGUGGAACCAACGACGUUUGUUAAUGUAUCUUUGCCGUGCGAUGAAGCCGGACCCUCAGGACUUCAGCAGCAAAAAAUCACCGAAAUGCCUGAAAUGGCGAUGCCACAGAUUGCCAACGCCGACAACAAGACUGGAUACAAUCAACUUUCCAUUCCGGAUGAGUAUUAUCCGAUGGCAGUGUCUAAAAAGCAGGAUGAUCCAAUGAAGAAAAUUGUCAAUGCAGAAGUGGGAAAAACGAAAACAAAUGAGGAGAAGGCGAAAGGUAAUAUUAAGAAGGAGGUCAACGUUGAUGAGGAAGAUGAUGAUGAUGAUGAUGAAGAAGAAGAAGACGAAGAGGAGGAGGAAGAGGAACAAUCCUUCAACUGUUCAAAUUGUACCAUGUCCUUUGAAUCUCAAAAACAACUCGACAAUCACGAGGUGGAGCAUAAGGGUAAGCGAAAAAAUACUUGUGCUCAUUGUGGUCGUGUUUUUCGAACGUACGUGAAUUUACGGAAGCAUAUGAAAAAGCACGUGAUACGAAGAGGACGAAAACCAGGAACAACUGGCGGCAAUGUUGGUCGACCGCCUUUGAAAGUAAAAGAAGAGAAACCCGAUGAGGAAUUUAUUUGCAAGACGUGUAAUAAAAUUUUUCGUCACAAGAGCAAUUAUCAAAAACAUUUAUUACGUCACACUGUUGGCGAUUUAACUUGUAAACAUUGUCCGAAGAAAUUUCGUCUAUUUCGCGAUUUAACGAGGCAUGAAAAAACACAUUUCUAUCCAAGUUAUAUGUGCAAAGAAUGUGAUUAUGAGACAACUGUUCUUGCAGCUCUCAGUAUUCAUAUGUUACGACACACUGAUAAAGCUGAUCUUCCAUUUAAAUGUACUGAUUGCGAUAAAUAUUUUCGUAAGGCAAUUGAUCUUCAGGAACAUUAUAAUAUUCAUUCAGGUGAUAAACCAUUUGUUUGUCAAAUUUGUGGCAAUUCAUUUUAUCUUAGACGACAACUCUCAGCGCAUUGUCGUCGUAUGCAUCCUGAAAUGAAAGCAAAUAAAGUAACAAGUACAGCGUGCGAUAUUUGUGGACGUGUACUUGCAACAAAAAGAUCAUUAUUUCGCCAUAAAGAAAGUCAUAAUCCAAUAAAACUUUAUCUAUGCGAUUAUUGUGGUAAAAGUUUAAGUAGCGCUGAACAUCUUAAGAAACAUCGACGUAUUCAUACUGGUGAAAAGCCAUAUGUUUGCGAUAUUUGCGGUAAGGGUUUUACUGAUUCGGAAAAUCUUCGAAUGCAUCGACGUGUUCAUACUGGCGAGAAACCAUAUAAAUGCGAUCAAUGUCCAAAGGCAUUCAGUCAAAGGUCAACACUCACAAUUCAUAGACGUGGACACACUGGAGAACGACCAUAUGUUUGUAAAAUUUGUCAUCGUGGCUUUUCAUGUCAGGGAAAUCUCACCGCUCAUCAGAAGUCAACAUGUGUUUAAAAAUUUGUUGUUGUUGUUUUUUUUCCCGCGAGAAAAUGUGAUUUUUUUUUUCGAGGAAGAAUGAAUAUUUUCUACAAAAAGAAAAAGACGCUAAGCGUUUAUAUCAAUCAAUUCGAAUUAAUUGACUUUAGAUUACAUUCAUAUGUCUCAAUGUUUAUUUAAUAAUUUACAGUGUAAUUCAGUAAUUUUUGUUUUUCUAGUGGAUUUUUAUAAUUCAGCAAUUUUUAUUUCGAAACUGGUGUUUCGUCACAGUAAAUUUAGUAACGGUAAAUUGAAAAAAAAUUGGAAAUUUGAUAAAAUCCAUUAGAAGAUUAAUUAGUACUGAAAUAUUGAAUAUUUUUGUAAUUUAGAGGAGAGUGGAAAAAACCGGCUAUAUUAACUAAUUUUUGCUCUCUAGUGAUCGAAAGAAUAGACCGAAUUUAUUUUAUAAAGGCUUAAUUGAAAGAUAAUUUUAAUUUCUCAAUUUUUUUUUCAGAAACACUUGUUUAGUUGCAUUAAUUUCAAAAAAAAAAAAAAAAAAAAAAUGCAAACUUUCCAAAAUUAUAAAUAUGAUUUUAGCCAAUUAAGAGAAACUGAUCAGGUCAGUUUACUCCACUCUCCCCUGUGAUAAUUAUUUUUUGCGUUUUUUUUUUUGUGAAAACGCAUUUCGUCCAAGAAUUUAUUAUACAAGUUCGUGAAAAUGUAUUUUUUUCUAUAUUUGUUUUUUGGAGUGAUUUAUAUGUUGAUGGAAGUAAAUUGAUGAGAAUGUUAACGUAAAUGAUAUUAAAUUUAAAAAUAAUCGAUUUAAUUGAUCGAUUAAUUUAUUGGUUACACGAUGGAAGUUAUACGUUAUUAAGAAUUUAGAGCGCACUCAUACAGUUGAUGCCUAGAUGUAUUUGGUGCAAAAAAAAAAAAACAAAAAACAAAAAACCUUUCAAAUAAAUAGAUUUUUAUAUAUUUAAUGAUAUUGUUGUCUAAAAGAACGCGAUAUAUCUUUUUAUUUAAAUCACUUUUUUUCAUAUACUUAACUUUUUAAGUAACAAUUAUAAUUUGUUACAAAUAAUUUAUCAGUGGAAAAAUUAUUUGGAAACUAUCAUUAAACAUUUUUUUACUUGAAAAAAUUGUGAAUUUACUUUUAUUUAAAAAUUUUAAUAUUGAUUAAUUAGUUAAAAUUUUUUUAAAGUGGAAUUUUUUUUUAUAUGGAAAAUAUUAAUUAAAAGAAAAUGUCUUUGCAUAAUAUAUUAUAUUUCUUGCCUAAUUAAAAAUAAUACAUUAGUUUAAGAAAAAAAAAAUGUUUAAAUGAGAUUUGAGAAAGUUAAUUAAAGAAAUUAUUUUAAUAAUAAUUUCAAUUAUUUGAAAAUACCACUUAAUUGGCCUCAAUUGUUAAAAAAAAAUGAAUUUUAUUAUAUUUUAAAUAAAAUAUUUGACAUUAAAAAAAAAACCUCACGUUAUACAUAUUUUCGAGGCUGUGUAUUUUGUAAAAUAAUUUCGUAUUAUCAUUCCUUAAGGAUUUAAUUUAGCUCGUUAUUAAUGAAAAACUACAUUAUUCUGUUUCUUUUUUUUUUUUUUUAUAAAAAUUUACUUUUGUAGAAAAUUAAUUAUAAAAUAUUAUUGUGCUUCCCGAAUAAAUAACAAUAUUUCAAUAUUAA